CAGUCUUGGAAAAAAUGACGGCUGGAUUAGAUACGUGUUGGUGUAGUUUAUGAUAUUUACGAGAAAAAUAUUAACUUAGUACAAAAUUUAGUUAAUUAGAAAAUUCAAACAAUUUAUUAUAAGUGAAGUAUUAAUUAAGAGACAGUUUGCUCAUGUAAUAGACUAAUAGUAAACUUCACGGUGAGUGUGCAGUGAUCUGAUUAAACUGUGCUUACAAUAUAGAACUGACGGCAACGUAGAAAUUUCACCAUGGAGGACGCUCACUCGAAAUCCGUGGAUGAAGUCUUAGGAUAUUUUGGCACAGACCCAGACAAAGGCCUUAGUGGAGACCAAGUCAAAAGAAAUCAAGACAAAUAUGGGCCAAAUGAACUGCCUACAGAAGAAGGCAAAAGUAUAUGGCAGUUAGUUCUGGAACAAUUUGAUGACCUUUUAGUGAAGAUUUUGCUAUUAGCUGCUAUUAUUUCAUUCGUAUUAGCUUUAUUUGAAGAACACGAAGAUGCAUUCUCAGCAUUCGUAGAACCUUUUGUUAUUUUACUAAUUCUAAUUGCUAACGCUGUAGUAGGAGUAUGGCAGGAAAGAAACGCAGAAUCCGCCAUAGAAGCUUUAAAAGAAUACGAACCCGAAAUGGGUAAAGUAGUAAGAGGAGAUAAAUCCGGCGUACAGAAAGUCCGAGCGAGAGAAAUCGUGCCCGGUGACGUCGUCGAAGUGUCUGUCGGAGACAAGAUUCCCGCCGAUAUCCGCCUCAUUAAGAUUUACUCAACCACCAUCCGUAUCGACCAGUCUAUCCUGACUGGUGAAUCCGUGUCUGUGAUCAAACACACUGACCCCAUUCCUGACCCACGCGCUGUAAACCAGGACAAAAAGAAUAUUCUCUUCUCCGGUACCAAUGUCGCUGCUGGCAAAGCCCGCGGUGUCGUCAUCGGCACUGGUCUCAACACUGCCAUUGGUAAAAUUCGUACUGAAAUGUCUGAGACUGAGGAAAUUAAGACACCCUUGCAACAGAAACUCGACGAAUUCGGCGAACAACUAUCGAAAGUCAUCUCUGUCAUUUGCGUCGCCGUAUGGGCUAUCAACAUCGGACAUUUCAACGACCCGGCGCACGGUGGAAGUUGGAUCAAAGGUGCCGUGUACUACUUCAAGAUCGCUGUGGCCCUGGCCGUCGCUGCCAUUCCAGAAGGUUUACCCGCUGUCAUCACCACUUGUCUCGCUCUCGGCACCAGGAGAAUGGCUAAGAAGAACGCUAUCGUCAGGUCGCUGCCUUCCGUAGAGACCCUCGGUUGUACAUCCGUCAUUUGCUCAGACAAGACCGGCACUCUGACGACCAAUCAAAUGUCUGUAUCCCGUAUGUUCAUCUUUGAAAAGAUCGAAGGUGGUGACAGCAGUUUCCUCGAGUUUGAAAUUACUGGCUCAACUUACGAGCCCAUCGGUGACGUGUACUUGAAAGGACAGAAAAUUAAGGCUGCAGAAUUCGACACGCUUCACGAGUUGGGCACCAUUUGCGUUAUGUGCAACGACUCCGCCAUUGACUUCAACGAGUUCAAACAGGCAUUCGAGAAAGUCGGUGAAGCUACUGAAACUGCCCUCAUCGUUCUCGCUGAAAAGAUGAAUCCCUUCAACGUCCCCAAAACUGGCCUCGACCGUCGUUCAACUGCUAUCGUAGUCCGCCAAGAAAUUGAGACGAAAUGGAAGAAAGAAUUCACUCUCGAAUUCUCCCGUGACAGGAAAUCUAUGUCCACCUACUGCACACCGCUGAAGCCUUCCCGUCUCGGCACUGGUCCUAAACUGUUCGUCAAGGGUGCCCCAGAAGGUGUGUUGGAACGUUGCAGCCACGCUCGUGUCGGAACUGCUAAAGUUCCUCUUAACUCUACGCUUAAAAACCGCAUCUUGGAGCUCACUCGCACAUACGGUACUGGACGUGACACGCUACGUUGCUUAGCCCUCGCCACAGCCGACAACCCAAUGAAGCCCGACGAGAUGGACCUCGGCGACUCCACCAAAUUCUACACCUAUGAAGUCAACCUCACCUUCGUCGGUGUCGUGGGCAUGUUGGACCCCCCUCGCAAGGAAGUGUUCGAUUCGAUCGUCCGUUGCCGCGCUGCUGGUAUCCGUGUAAUCGUCAUCACCGGUGACAACAAAGCUACUGCUGAAGCUAUUUGCAGGCGUAUUGGCGUGUUCGGAGAAGACGAAGACACGACUGGCAAAUCUUACUCUGGUCGCGAGUUUGACGAUCUCCCACUGAGCGAACAGCGCGCCGCCUGCGCCAAGGCCCGUCUAUUCUCGCGUGUAGAGCCCGCCCACAAGUCCAAGAUCGUUGAAUUCUUGCAGAGCAUGAACGAAAUCUCUGCUAUGACUGGAGACGGUGUGAAUGACGCGCCCGCGCUCAAAAAGGCUGAGAUCGGUAUCGCCAUGGGCUCAGGAACUGCCGUCGCCAAGUCCGCUGCUGAGAUGGUGCUGGCUGAUGACAACUUCUCCUCCAUCGUCGCCGCUGUUGAAGAGGGUCGUGCCAUCUACAACAACAUGAAGCAGUUCAUCCGUUACCUGAUUUCCUCCAACAUCGGUGAGGUCGUGUCCAUCUUCUUGACUGCCGCCCUCGGUCUUCCCGAAGCCCUCAUUCCAGUGCAGCUUCUGUGGGUCAACCUGGUAACUGACGGUCUGCCCGCCACCGCCCUGGGCUUCAACCCGCCCGACUUGGACAUCAUGGACAAACCACCCCGCAAGGCUGAUGAGGGUCUCAUUUCUGGAUGGCUGUUCUUCAGGUACAUGGCUAUUGGUGGCUACGUCGGUAUGGCGACAGUCGGCGCUGCCUCAUGGUGGUUCAUGUACUCUCCCUUCGGACCCCAGAUGACAUACUGGCAACUCACGCAUCACUUGCAGUGCCUCAACGGUGGCGAAGACUUCAAGGGCGUCGACUGCAAGAUCUUCACCGACCCCCACCCCAUGACGAUGGCUCUCUCCGUGCUGGUCACCAUAGAGAUGUUGAACGCCAUGAACAGCUUGUCGGAGAACCAGUCGCUGGUGUCGAUGCCGCCGUGGUCCAACAUGUGGCUCGUCGGCUCCAUGGCGCUCUCCUUCACGUUACACUUCGUCAUUCUAUACGUUGAGGUCCUCUCGGCCGUGUUCCAAGUGACGCCGCUGUCGGUGGAGGAGUGGAUCACGGUGAUGAAGUUCUCGCUGCCCGUGGUGCUGCUCGACGAGGUGCUCAAGUUCGUCGCGCGCAAGAUCUCCGACGGUGAGAAGCGAACCCUGCUUGACUGGCUCGACGGCAUGCAAUGGAUCGUGCUCAUGUGGGCCAUCUUCUUUGGCAUCAUCAUCUACGGACCCAUAUAAGCCGGUCCCGCUCCCGAGUGCCACAGCCCCGUUUGAUUCACCCUAAUACCCCACCCCAUCGGUCUGCGCUAUCCUCCCCGAUGAAAUCUCGCGGCGGAUAGGGUGGACUCCACUGUGGAAACGGAUGGACGUUGAGUUUACUCACCACAGUGCCCUUAACCGUUUUGAUUAAUGCUAAUCCGGAGCACAGUGUGAUGUGUGAAGUGCACGGUGCUAGGGGCCAAGACGCUAGUGACUAUGAGUGAUUCGAUUCUGUGGACACAGUACCGGAGUGUUGUAGGUGUAACGUUAUGCAUUUCGCAUGUGCGAGACAAUAACUCCAUUUUUGAAAAUUGUAGUGACACCGCGGAGUCUCGGUUGUACUUUCCAUAUACAAUGUUUUUUUGUAUCACAUAUUAAUAGUAAUUAAUAUAAAUACGCUAGCUAUUAUUUAUUUAUAGUGGCUGUGAAACAUCAUCGAUUUAAUAAAUUUAUUUCGGACACACAAAAUUUUUGUAAUUUUUUUUUUUAUUACUUAGUGAUGUGGUUUAGUAUGUUAUUUUGGAUUCAAUAUAAAAUUUUUGUACAUAAAAUACAUGGAAAGAGCUCCGUCGAACAUGGUGAAAAUAAAAAUAAAAAACUCGCACAGCUCAGUACCUUGUUCGGAAACUAUAUUAUCUUGUAAUGUUCAUUGUUAGUUUAGAGAUAAUUUAUUGUAAGCGUAUCGUUAGGGAUGUCGUGUUUUCGACGGCUGUUCUUUAUUUAAUAAUAUUAUGAAUUUUCUUCUUCUGUCACCUUGAACGCGUCCGGUCUUCAGUUCGCAGCCAACUGUGUUACUGCUUCGGUCGCUAACAAAUAUUAACAAAUUUUAUGAAUGUGUCUUCUUUUCUCUAACUGCAUUGUAUUUAGAUGAUACCUACCUUCUCAGACCAAUUAUUGUAUAGGACCUGCCUCGUUAGACGUUAACUUUCUGUCAAUGUAUAUGAUCAACGAUCUAAUGCGAUUAUAAAAACUACUCUUUAGUAUCGAUGUUUUAAUAAUAAUAAUAAUAAUUUAUUUGCUGAAAUGUGGGUUACAAAAUGGGGCAAUUUACUGAUUAAAUCAGCGUGCAAAUUUUUACCAAUAUUUUACAAUAGUACUUAUUAUUCACAUACAUAUUUAAAAAUUAUUCAUAAAAAAAAAUGUAGAUACAAAAAUUAAUAAUGAAGUAUGAAAAUAACGAUUGAGGAAAAUAUCAAAUAAAUGUCAUAAUGUCAAUAUUUGCAAUAGUAAUUAUUAUCGAUAAUGCAUUGAAAAAUAUAAAAAAUAAAUUGUAAUCGUGUUCUUCGGUCAAAGACACUUCUACCUCGUAAAACUACCUUUUUAUGUCAUUGAAUAGUAUAAAAAAACGGGCAAAAACUUCUACUUAGUAUAAGAUAUAUACCAAAACUAAGCUCAUAUUCCUCAGAAAAUGACAGAUAAUUUUGUUCGUAAAUGAAUUUGAGUGCGAUACUGGUCCUUCUGUAAUUGGUCUGAGCCUACCCUACAUGUUUAGUUUGUAAUGCGUGAAAUGACUCAUCUCCUCAUUUUGAAUCGUCCAGUGUCUGCGAAAAAGUAAAUUAAGUAAGAUAGAUACACAGGUACAUACUAAACCCGUCUGCUCACUAAAAAAUUAAAUAUAGUAUAUAUUUAUUUAUAUAUCACAAAUCUGAGAAAUAAAGUUUUAGUAUGGAACAACAGUAUUUUUAACACAACAUUUGAAAUGGGUAUAUGCCACGAUAAAUCGUCAAGAUUUACAUUAAAUAGUCAAUAUUUCAAACACCACCAUUUUACCUCACAAUGCGGAUUUCGAACGUAAACUGCAAAGCCACAAAUAUCGAAAGAACCUUUUCAAUUGGUUGUCUGAACUUGUGAUCGUGGAAAAUUAUAUUAUAACUUUUCAAACAUACCAAUAGCGAGUAUUAUAGAAUUUUAUUAACUAAAUUUCAUAAUUUAAUAGAGUUUUGCUAAUAAAAGUAGAGAAAUCUCACGUCAAAUUGAACAAAUCAUUUAAACAAAUGACAUGCGUUUUCAUAAUUUGUUUAAAUAUUUUUUUUUGUUUUUGAACUGUAAAGGUAGUAUAAGUAUUAAACUCAGUCCAAUAUUGCACUAUAAUUUUGAGAAUUUAUUCCGAUUUUUUUUUAAUUUAGCGGGCGAUUUCAGUCUCUACUUUUAGUCAGCCAAACAUUAUAAGUAAAUUAAAAAAUAUAUAAAUUGUUAUGAGUAUGAAUCACCAACAUCAUAUUUUUUUAUAAAUAAAAUUAUAAAAAAAAAUACGUUUUAUCGUUUUAUAUACCCAUCAAAUUUAUAAUAGUGUCGAUUAACCACUAAACAAGUUUAAAAUCUUUAUUUUUACAUAUCUAGCAGUGAGUUGCGUAUUGUAACAAAAAAAAUCCGUCUUCUAUAUUACGGGAAUAAUAUGUUGAACAAUAUAUUCGAAACUAUGUACUAAUAUAUAUAGUUUAAAAUAAUAUUGGUGUGGUUAUGGUUUUGGUGAGAAUUGUUUAAGUUUUUACUAUGAAAAUAUUUCAUAGCCCAUUCUAUAGAAUUCUUCUUUAUUAUAUCAGCAGUAUUGCUGAUGGGACAUAAUAAUAUAAUAUUAAUUAAGUUAUUAAUUUACCAAACAUUUCAGAAAAUUUAUUGUCUAUAUCCAGACACGUACAUUUGUAACCAUAAACAAAAUUGUGUAAAUAUAUCCUUGCAUGUGAGUGUUUGCAUGAUUUCUUUUUUAACUGUACAAUAAAAAUGUGUGAGAGAAACUAAUUUUGUUUUAUAUGUAAUGAUAAUACUUAUGAUGUGUAAGCGAAUACAAAGAAUCCCUUUUUUAUUGUUAUAUUAUGUACGAGGACACUAUCUAUCUACGAGCUACAUCUACACUACACAAAUGAGGGCAUGCUCAAGAAUUUGUUGUGAAUCCCGUACCAUCUCCUUUAUAUAAUAGUAACUAUGUACUAAAAUGUUACAAAUAACUUAAAUAUACACAUUUUACAUUAAAUAAAA